AUGGAGGAGGGCGGCCGGAGCCCCCGGGAGGAGGCGGCCGAGCCGCAGGAGUCCGGCGGCGACGCGGAACCCGGUGGCGGCGGGCGACGGGGACUGCUGCUCCCCCCCGGCGACCCCCCGCACCCCCACCCGCACCCGCACCGCAUCACCAACUUCUUCAUCGACAACAUCCUGCGGCCCGAGUUCGGGCGGAGGAAGGAGGCGGGCGGCCCCGGCGCCGAGCCCCGGCGCCCCGGCGCGGAGAGAAGCCGCAGCCCCGCCACAGCCCCGGCCCCCGGCGCUCCGCUGCCCGGCGGGGCGGGCUCGCCGGGCCGGGGGGAGGGCGGCCCCGCCGGGCUGGCCCUGCACGGCGCCUCCAAGAAGGGGGGGGACCCCGCGGCGUUGGAGGCGGCCCUGAAAGCGAGGGGCUUGAGCGGCGGCGACCUGUCGGUGAGCUCGGACUCAGAUAGCUCCCAGGCCAGCUCCAACGCCGGGAACCAGCCCAUGCUCUGGCCCGCCUGGGUUUACUGCACGCGGUACUCGGACCGGCCCUCCUCAGGUCCCCGCUCCCGCAAACCAAAGAAGAAGAAUCCCAACAAGGAGGACAAGCGGCCGCGCACCGCCUUCACCGCCGAGCAGCUGCAGAGACUCAAGGCCGAGUUCCAGACGAACCGGUACCUGACGGAGCAGCGGCGGCAAAGCCUGGCCCAAGAGCUCGGGCUCAACGAAUCCCAGAUUAAAAUCUGGUUCCAGAAUAAACGAGCCAAAAUCAAGAAGGCGACGGGCAGCAAGAACUCCCUGGCAGUGCACCUCAUGGCCCAGGGGCUCUACAACCACUCCACCACGGCGAAAGACGGCAAGUCGGACAGUGAAUAG